AUGAAACUCAUUAAUGAUAGAAUGUCUCAAUUUACUAUUAUUAUAAUUGAUAAUUAUGAAGAUAAACGGAUUAAAACAUUUUCACUUGAGAAGGCAUUAAAUGGAAUAAAAAUUGGAAGACAUAAAUCAUGUGAUAUUGUUUUAAGUAGUUUAAUGAUAAGUAAUUUUCAUUGUACUAUAAAGGUUCAAUCAAAAGAAAUGAAAAAUAUUAUAAUCUAUGAUACUAGUUCAAAUGGUACUCAAUAUAAAGAUGAAGACAUUGGAAAAGGAAAUAAUGUUAUAAUACCAUUUGAUGAUAAAAUAUCAAUAAACAUGGCACCGAAUGAUUUUUAUAAUAUUACUUUUUCUACUGAAUGUAUAAAUAUUCCAAGUGAAGUUAUUGUUAAAGGAGUUGAUUUAAUGUGUUAUGACAGAUAUAAUAUUAUUAAAAGACUUGGUGAUGGACAAUAUAGUAAAGUGUAUAAAGCAAUUAUUAAAUCAACUAAUUCGGUUGUUGCUUUAAAAAUUCUCAAUCAAACAAGAGAAAGAUUUACAUUAGAUGAAAUUUCAAGAAGAGAAUUAGAAAUAAUGAAAAAAAUACAACAUGAAAAUGUUGUGUCAUUUAGAGAAUGUUUUGAAACUAAACAAAAUACAAUAUUUGAAGUUGACUUUUGUGAAGGAGCUGAUUUAUUUAGUCGAAUUAUAACAACAGGAAAGAUGGAUGAACAUGAAGGAGCAUUUAUUUUUAUGCAAUUAUUAGAAGGAAUGAAUUAUCUUCAUUCUCAACAUAUUAUCCAUAGAGAUUUAAAACCUGAAAAUAUUUUAUUAAAAGAGAAUAAGCCAUAUCCUACAAUUAAAAUUGCUGACUUUGGAAUGGCUAAAAUUGCACAAUAUGGAACUACAUCCUGUGGAACUACUCAAUAUGCAGCACCAGAAGUUAUUUUACCAACAUCUGGAAGAUUACAAUAUACAAAAGAGUGUGAUAUAUGGUCAAUAGGAAUUAUAUUAUACAUUAUAUUAUCUGGAACACAUCCAUUUAGUAUGGAAGAUGAAAAUUUAUUAUAUAAACAAAUUAAAGACGCUCAAUUCAAUUUUAAAGAUGCCAUUUGGGAUGUAGUUUCCAAAGAACCUAAAGAAUUAAUCAAAUCAAUGAUUAUUGUUGAUCCACUUAAAAGAGCUAGUAUUGCAGCAAUGUUAGACUGUGAAUGGAUUAAGAAAAAUUCUGUAUAUUUUCCUGAUAAAAAAAAGCGUUCAAGUGAAGGAGAAGAACCUGAAACAAAAAAGAUUGAUACUACAAUUCAAAUAGAUAGUAGAGAAAAGGUUUAA